AAGGGCUCCCCUCCUUCCGGACAUGGCGUCCGAGGACGAGGUGAGUGAGUUCCUGGGUCAAAAUCCUGAAACAGCGGCGUGGUUGGAGCGUGUCCGCGGGCAGUGCGAGUCGGACAAGUUGUGGCGGUACCGUAGGGAAUUUAUUCUCCGGAACCUGAGUGAUGUGUGCGGGGAGGGAGAGAUCCCGCCGCCCCCUGAGACCAACCACAAGGAGUUGGACCGACUGCUCGCCUACUCUAUGGUGUGGGCCAAUCAUGUGUUCACCGGCUGCAGGUACCCCAUUCAAGUUAUGGAAAAAGUGCUUAAAAUGGCAGAAAAUAUUAAGGUGACUGAUGCACCAACCCAUACAACACGUGAUGAACUGGUUGCCAAGGUGAAGAAAAGAGGGAAUUCAAGUAGCAAUGAAGGGGUAGAAGAGUUACCACGCAAGAAGCAAAAAUCCAAUGAUCAUGGGGCAAGAGAGAGCUCUUACAUUGACGACACAGUAGAAAUCAGAAACCAGCCAGGUGAUGCAAGGGAGAGAUCAUCUGGAAAAAUCUGUGAUGGUUAUAUUCCAUCUACUAGUCUAAAUAAGAGAGAGGCACACUCAAGAACAGAUGUAAACACAGAAUUCUAUGAAGAGUCAGGUAAUGGCCGGCCUCUGCCUGUGUCCAAAGCUAAAUCUAGUUUGAAUCCUCCAGAAGAAGCAGGAUAUAAACAUGCUGCUACUCAGGGGAGAAAAAGCCAUUCUGACAGUCGAUAUCAAACAGCGGUUAAAGGUCCGUCCCAAUCUAGCGAUAAUGCUCUCAAAACUACUCGCCGUUUCACUACAGAACAUACCAAAGAAAGGCAGCCUUUCUUUAACAGACUCUACAAAACAGUGGCUUGGAAACUUGUAUCUGCUGGGGGUUUCAAUGCCAACCUCAACCAUGAAGAGCUACUUAACACCUCUAUUGAAUCUCUAAAGGCCACACUAGAGAUUGCUUUUGUUCCACUGAAAGACCUGGCAGAUUUCCCCCAAAACAAAACCUCUCAGGAGAAUACAGUUUGUGAAUUAAGGUGCAAAUCUGUUUAUUUAGGAAUGGGCUGCGGAAAGACAAUGGACACUGCCAAAGCUGUCGCUUUCCGGGAAGCUGUAAAACUGUUUCUGAAAAAGAAAGUUGUAGUUAGAAUAUGCAGAAGAAAAUUUAAUGGCCGUGACGUGGAGGACUUGGUACUUGUUGACGAGGAAUUUCGACCUCCAAACUUACCUCCAGCAGUAAAAAACCCUCAUGAACUUGUGUAACAAGAGAUUUCUUUGUUGGGUGGAAAGAACAACAUUUAAACAGAACUUGUGUAAAAGAGAUUUCUUCCUUAGGUUGAAAGAAGAAAAUUUAAAAGGACUGGGUACUUUGUACUUAUUAAAACAUCAGGUUUAUUUUAUUUGAAAUAUUUAUAUUUUUUCAGUUUUACAAGGGAUAUACCACAUACUUACUAACAUUUUGCUUCGGAGCGUAAGAGCUGUAUUGGAUUGCCUUAAAUUGCUUAAUGUGGUUUUAUGAAAAAAUUAUUGGUUUGAUUUUAGUAUGAUUUUUAAUUAAAAUGGUCUUUAACCUUGUAAAUGAUUGCAAUCCAUAAGUGAUUGCAUACAUUUUCCUUCUUAUGGUAAGGUUCCUGAAAUAAAAAAGUUGAAUUUAA